UGCACCGUCGUCCACAUGAAAAGGUUAACCGUGAACGUGUUUCUGUCUCGUGCAUCCAUCCAUCCUUCGGCUGCUGCCAUUUUCGUCCUCCGAGGUUGAGCGGCCUUCAGACUCAAGGCUCAAGUUCAAGUUCUCUGGUCAAUCAUCCCACUUGCUGCCGGCCAUUAAAACACACACUCUCUCUCUCUGUCUUUCUCUGUAAUUGAUUCGCGAGAGAGACAAAGAUGCAUUACAAGAACUUGGGUCGAUCUGGUCUGAAGGUGAGCCAGCUCUCCUACGGAGCAUGGGUGAGCUUUGGUAACCAACUUGAUGUCAAGGAGGCCAAGUCGCUCCUUCAAUGCUGUCGAGACCAUGGCGUCAACUUCUUCGACAACGCCGAGGUCUACGCCAAUGGCCGUGCCGAGGAGAUCAUGGGCCAGGCCAUCCGAGAGUUGGGGUGGAAGCGGUCGGAUAUCGUGGUGUCUACCAAGAUCUUCUGGGGCGGCCCUGGUCCUAACGAUAAGGGCUUGUCUCGUAAGCACAUCGUGGAGGGAACUAAGGCCUCUCUCAAGCGUCUUGACAUGGAUUACGUUGAUGUCAUCUAUUGUCACCGCCCGGAUGCUUCUACUCCCAUUGAGGAGACUGUGAGGGCUAUGAAUUUUGUGAUCGAUCAUGGGUGGGCGUUCUACUGGGGGACCAGUGAAUGGUCGGCUCAGCAGAUCACCGAGGCUUGGGCUGUGGCCGAAAGGUUGGAUCUCGUUGGCCCUAUCGUCGAGCAGCCGGAGUACAAUUUGUUGUCUCGGCACAAGGUUGAAUCUGAGUAUCUACCUCUUUACAGCAACUACGGUCUAGGUCUUACCACAUGGAGCCCACUUGCUUCAGGAGUGCUCACUGGAAAAUACAACAAAGGAGUUAUACCACCUGAUAGUCGGUUUGCCUUAGAGAACUAUAAGAACCUUGCUAACAGGUCACUGGUUGAUGAUGUGCUGAGAAAGGUUAAUGGAUUAAAACCCAUUGCAGAUGAGCUCCAUGUGCCUUUAGCUCAACUUGCAAUUGCUUGGUGUGCAUCCAAUCCAAAUGUCUCCUCAGUUAUUACUGGUGCUACAAAGGAGUCUCAAAUCCAGGAGAACAUGAAAGCUAUUGAUGUCAUUCCACUGUUGACACCUGAGGUCAUGGAGAAGAUUGAGGCAGUCGUUCAAACCAAGCCAAAGCGUCCAGAAUCAUACAGGUGAAGAUUUGAUGUCCAGCAAUUAUUUGGAAAGUUGGCUACCCUACCUGUCCAUGCUACAGUCAGAUUCUCCUGUCGAGUCUCGAGUGUUGUCGGGAGAAUUGGUUAUUGGGUUAUUUACCUUCAUCAUAAUUAGUUCUCUCCAUCUGUACUUUUUAAAAAUUUUUUAUGGGUUUUCUUCUUUUGUACUUCUCAACCAUGGUUUAUGACAGAUGACAGACAGAUUCGAAAUACUGUAAGAAAAUACUAGACGAAAUUUGAUUUUAUCUAGAUUUGAUGCGAUUGUUGGCUUUUUUUUUUUA